UCUCCCCUCUUGUUCCUCUCUUUGCUUUCAUCGACGACCCCGACACACAGUUUCCCAGCAUGCAGCAGGAUCUUUGGCUGAGGUCCCUUCUUGAUACCUGUGUGUGCAAUGAGACCAGCCACUGCACAAGCACUCGUGACAAGACCAUCCGAACAAGACCUGAAAAAUGCCUUAUCCAAUAGUGUCACCACCGGGCACAACCACGUCUCCAACUCAACCCGAGCAGAACAAUCCAGAGCGAAACCAUCCGCAGACACAUUUAAUAGUAGUUCUUUGCAUCAUCAUGGCCAUCAUCGAGAAAAUGCAGAUAAAUGUGAUGUUGUCGAGGGACCCUGGAACCUCAACAACCCAGUGAAAGCUUCACGAAGCCACCAGGAACUUCACAAAGAGCUGUUGCUGACCCACAAAAAAGGGCUGGUGGUGUGUUGUAAACCAGAGCUUCAGGUGGUUCUAGAGAGGAGGAAGAGAGAACAGACCCAGAAAGAGGAGGGAGAGCAGAGCAGGAGUCCUCUGGAGCAAGUCCUUCUCAAACGCCAGCAGAAACAUCAGGAGAUGAUGAUGGAGAAGGAAGAGGAGCAAAAGGUACGGGAGGAGGUUCAGCUCUUGGAGUUUGUGCGAGUGAGACAGAACCUGAAGAAAGUCCAUUCUGUUCUGCAUAAGAACAUUCACCCCUGAGUGCACAACAUGACUCUGGUCUGAGUAAAGAAAUAAUUCAUCUGGCCAUGCAACAACUUUAUUUUGGAAUAAUGUACAUAGUGUUUUCAUGAUAUCUGAUUGUUCUAGUCAUUUUAAAUCUGUAUUUUUCAUUUCGAACCAGCUUUUUGUUUGUGUUCUGAAAGGUGUACUCCCUUGCAAAGAUUUCCCAUGGAAACGAUGAAACAAAUACUAAAGUUACUACAGUUAUUAACUCUGUUUAAAGUAGAUCCUGUAUUAACAUAUCAUUUUAGAGCAAUGUAAGAGGGUCUCAGAUUGUUUAUUGUAGAAACGUAUUACAAAAAAAUAUAGUACAUUCAUAGUGGUGGUAAUAGAUGACAAUGCCACGAUUAAAGGGAUAGUUUACCCCAAAAUAAAAAUGCUGUCAUCAUUUUUUACCCUUUAUUUGGUUAACUGUCCCUUUAAUUAAUGCAUGCUUAAAAUAAUUUCAU